AUGGCAGUCUCCAAGAAAAAGAGUGGGAAACCCAAAAGCCUCUCCCACGGCAGACCACCCACCGUCAAACCACCUCCAUCCCUCUCAAGCAAAGCCACUCGAACCCUCAUCCGCGCCCACCACACCCUCCAAAAGCAGAAAGCCAUAGCCCAAAAAUCCGGCGAUGCCAUCAAAGUCGCGGAUCUGGAAAGACAGAUCGCGAAACAGGGAGGGAUUGAGAAGUACCAGACGGCAAGCUUGAUAGGCCAGGGAAAUGAGCGCGGGGGUGAUAGCAGCAAGAUUUUGAUGGAUUGGUUGAAACCGAUUAUACUAUCACUUAAAGCGAGGACUGGAGAGCAGAAGCUACGUCUGCUGGAGGUGGGAGCGCUGAGUACCACCAAUGCGUGCUCGAGGAGCGGACUCUUCGACAUCGAGCGCAUCGAUUUGAACAGCCAGGCCCAAGGCAUUACGCAGCAAGACUUUAUGGAGAGGCCGCUUCCCAAGCUGUCGAAUGAGAAAUUUGAAAUCAUCAGCCUGAGCUUGGUGCUCAACUAUGUGCCAGACGCAGUUUCCAGGGGCGAGAUGCUGAAGCGGACGUUGCAAUUCCUCCGGAGCCCACUAGGAGAGAGCGAAGAAGAGUUGCAGACCGUGUUCCCCGCGCUGUUUUUAGUCUUGCCAGCACCAUGCGUGUCGAAUUCACGAUACAUGGAUGAGCCGAAUCUGGAGGCUAUAUUGACUAGCCUGGGCUAUACCAAGGUGCACAAGAAGUUGUCGAAUAAGCUGGUGUAUUAUCUGUGGAGGGCCGUUGAUUUGACGCCAAAGGCUAAGCGGGAGCAGUUCAAGAAGGUGGAGGUAAGGGCUGGAGGGACGAGAAAUAAUUUCGCUAUUAUUUUGAAGUGA